CUCGUGAGUAAGGCCAUGGCUUUCUUGUCUACGGUGGUUAAGUUGGAAAGAUAUCACAACCUUUUCAACAACGAAACGACGCUCAGACAAUUAUGCGAAAAUAUUGUGCUUCCAAACAUGUAUCUGCGAAGUGUAGACGAGGAACUAUUUGAAUACGAUCCAAUCGAAUAUAUUAGGAGAGAUUUGGAAGGAUCGGAUAGUGAUACUCGUAGGCGAGCCUCUUCCGAUUUCGUGCGAAGCAUGAUGACUCACUUUAUGACGGACAUUACGCGUAUUAUUGGAUCAUACAUUACACAAUAUCUUGCGCGUUACAAUGAAAAUCCGAGUAAUUGGAAAGACAAGGAUGCGGCGAUAUACCUUCUGACUUCGAUAGCAACCCCGGGAACCGCAACUAAGCAUGGUCUCACCACGGUAAAUGACUUGGUGGAUGUUGUCGAAUGGUUUUCGGCAAACAUUUUACCCGACUUGCAAGCAUCCGUUGACAGUGGUCAACCGGUGUUAAAGGUUGACGCCAUCAAAUACUUAUACACAUUUCGAAAUCAGAUGAGCAAAGAUCGAUUAACCACGGUGUUCCCGUUACUUGUUAAACACCUUUCCUCUCAAAAUUACGUCGUUCACACAUACGCCGCGAUUGCCAUUGAACGAAUUUUAUUUAUGAGAAAAGAAAAUGUCAUGGUAUUUAACAAAGCAGACAUUAAACCUUUCACACAAGACCUUCUUAUCAGUUUAUUUAGACUGAUCGAGGCUGGAUCAACUCCGGAAACUUUGGCUGAAAAUGACUAUCUGAUGAAGGCCGUUAUGAGAGUUAUCUUUACGAGCCGUGAAGAUAUGGUACCGUAUGUUGCAGAUAUUAUGGAUCAUCUGAAUAAAAUAUUAGGCGAGAUCAGCAGAAAUCCUAGCAAUCCACGCUUUAAUCAUUAUGUCUUCGAAUCUAUUGGCGCAUUGGUGAGAUUUAUUUGUUCUGAUAAUCCAGCUGCGCUGCGGGAUUUUGAAGGCGUAUUACUCGGACCAUUUCAGGCCAUUCUGCAGCAGGAUGUUGCCGAGUUUGUUCCAUAUGUGUUUCAAAUAUUUUCACAGCUCCUCGAGUUUCACCAAGAAACGCAGUUACCUGAAAUAUACAAAAGCUUGCUACCAGCCUUACUAUUACCUAAUCUAUGGGAGUCGUCGGGCAAUGUCCCUGCGCUGGUUAGAAUGCUUCAUGCAUAUAUAUACCGCGAUUCCAGUGGCAUUAUCGCCAAUAAACAAUUGGAGCCAAUCCUAGGCAUCUUCCAAAAGUUAAUCGCAUCGAAGACCAACGACAAAUAUGGACUCGAAUUAUUAUGUUCCAUUGUUCAAUACGUGCCAACUCUAACACUCAAUCAAUACAUCGGAGCCAUCAUAUCACUGCUAUUGAGGAGGUUACAAAGCAGUAAGACCGAGAGAUUCACAUUAGGUUUUGUGAAUUUUGUUUGCUUCUUCAUCGCAAUAAAUCUACAUGGGGGUCCGGAUUAUGUUAUACAAGCUUUUGACUCCAUCCAAGAAAAAUUAUUCUUGGAAGUUUUAAAUGCUUUUGUCGUUCCAGAUUUACAAAAGAUUCAAGGUUACACGGAUCGUAAGGUCUGCUCGGUGGCCAUGAUACGCCUGUUGACCCAGAGUAACUUGAUUCUAUCAGAACCAUAUAUCAACAUAUGGCCAGUUGUUCUCGCAGCAUUGAUCAAAUUGUUUGAAGCCCCAACCGAAAUUGAGAAUUACGACGCCGUGGAUGAAUUACUUAAUUUCGAUUUCGAAGAAGAAAGGCAGUUUCAAAUAUCAUUUUCGAAAUUGACUACGACCAGCAAACCACGUGGGGAUCCCACUGCAUCCGUCUCAGAACCAAAAGUAUACUUGGCCCAGGAGCUCCAGAGGCUUAGCCAAGCUCACCCCGACGGGAAGAUCACCGAGAUGAUACAAUCGAGACUUCCGCCAGAAUGCACGCCACAUCUGUUCCAGUACAUGGCUUUAGCAAAUCAAACUCAUUAA